GUAUAUAGACCGGUUGCCGGGUAGAAAUUGAUGAUUGUUUCAUUCAUUUCCUUGUUGUUGGAGCUCGUAGAAAGAAAUUUUACAACAUCAUGUCUCACCAAACUGGCAUUCAGGCAACCGCAGAUGUUCAAGACAUUUUUGCCAGGGCUAGAAACGGAGCUUUUCGGCUACUGAAAGUCAUAAUUGAAAACGAGCAGCUUAUACUGGGUGCCGCAAAAGAGCCUUCAAAAUCAUGGGAUAAGGAAUAUGAUUACCAUGUUCUUUCACACUUGGAAGACAAGCAGCCUUGCUAUAUUUUAUACAGACUAGAUUCCCAAAAUGCUCAGGGUUAUGAAUGGAUCUUCAUUGCCUGGUCACCAGAUCACUCCCCAGUAAGGCAGAAGAUGUUGUAUGCAGCAACAAGAGCGACACUGAAGAAGGAGUUUGGUGGAGGUCAUAUUAAAAAUGAAAUAUUUGGUACAGUGAAGGAGGAUGUCAGCCUAAGUGGAUACAAAAAGCACCUUACAAUGGAAGCUGCUCCCCUUCCAUUGACUGCUGCUGAAGAAGAACUGAGGCAAAUUAAAAUUAAUGAGACUCCAGAGGAGCACAUCUUGGUUAAAACUGAAAUCUGUGUAGACACUAAGCAUCAGACUCUUCAAGGUGUAACUUUCCCUCUAAGCAAGGAGGCAUUCCACGCAUUAGAAAAACUCAGCAAUGGGAAGUACAAUUAUGUUCAGCUUAAAAUAGACUUCCAGAAUGAAACAAUUAUCUUAGAAAGUACAGCUUCUACUGAGGUCAAAGACUUGCCACAUCGAAUUCCAACUGACUCUGCCCGAUACCAUUUCUUCCUAUAUAAGCAUGUCCAUGAAGGGGACCAUUUGGAAUCUGUUGUGUUCAUUUAUUCGAUGCCUGGAUAUAAUUGCAGUAUACGUGAACGUAUGUUGUACUCCAGCUGUAAGAGUUCUCUCCUCAGUAUGGUGGAAAAGCAGCUGUCAAUUGAAAUUGUAAAAAAGAUUGAAAUUGAGAGUGGUGCUGAACUAACCCCUGAAUUCAUUUAUGAAGAAGUUCAUCCAAAACAACAUGCACACAAACAGGUCUUUGCAAAACCCAAGGGUCCUGCAGGAAAACGAGGAAUUAAAAGGCUGAUCAAAGGCUCAGGAGAAAAUGAAGUCGGUAACUGAAAGCUACAGGCAUCCACUGUAUAGGGGUUAUCAGUUUCAGACGGGGAGAUUUGUAUUUUCAAACAAAGGGACUUAAAUCAUUCUUCUACUUUUAUAACACUUUUCAAAUUUUUCCACAUUGUUACGCCGAUCAACAUGUUUACCACUGGCACUUGCUAAAUAUGCCUUUGUGAUUGUUUUUUAAGAGUUUUCAUUGGAAGACUAUUAGCAGGUUAGUGGGACUGGCACUUUAUUGCUGUAGCCAAAACAUCGUUUGGCUCCCUGUGAAACCAUUUAGCCGACUCAUAUGAGAACUGCGCACAAACGAAUUCUGCUGUAAUAGUGAGAAAGAACAAUAUUUGUUUAAUUUAUGUCACUACAUUGAACUCCAAAUGCUGCUAUAUAAUGAGUUUUAAACAGGAAUUCAAGGAAUGGGUUCUUUAAGAGGAUGACUUGUAUUCUGUCCUAAGAAUCUAAAGGAGGUCACCUUUUGUGUAUGACUGUUUUUUUAUUUUCACUGUUGGUUUCUGCUGAACAGCAAGUAAUUGUGUUACUGAUGGCUACUGUGGUACUCCCAUUUCUUUUAGGGCAAAUCAUUUUUUUAACUUGUUUACAAAUGAAAAUAUACUGGUACUGUAGCAUUAUAUAAUUGUUUCUAGUCAGUGAAGCUAGAAGUUUUGACUUAGGACAAAAGGAGAACAACUCUAAUAUUAAGAGCCUAUUGCCUGUGUUUGCGCCAUUUUAUAAGUUAUAUGCAAAACAUAGUUUUCUUGUAGAUAAAUGUGUAUUUGCCAGACUUGACUGGUUUCCAAAAUAGGUUUCUGUCACUUAACGUCAAUUUCCCAGCCUUAAAAAUCAGAAGUGGCGACUUCUUACGUUUUUCUGUGGCCUGCACUGAUCCCAUCGCUGCUUUUAACUUGGUCUCAAAACUAUAAAGUUCCAAGUUAGAUGUAUUGUUUUCAGCAUCUUCCUUCUACAGCCUUCCUUUGAUUUUAUUAUGGCAAAUUUUACCUGUGCAAAAUGUUAAUGGAUUUAAGUUCCAUACACCCUUCUGUACUACUUUUUAGAGAACAAAAUAUUGAUAAUUGGCUUGCAGCGCUUAAUACUUAUGCCUUUCUUGUAACAAGUAGAAUGUAGACUAAUUUUACUUGUAAUGAUUUUGGGCAGAUGAAGCUACAGACAGCACUAUGUUUACUGUUUAUCUACAUACCAUUCAGUAGAUCUUACUGUUUAUCUAUGUACCAUCCAGUAGAUCUUACUGUUUAUUAACGUACCAUUCAGUAGAUUUUACUAUUUAUCUAUGUACCAUCCAGUAGAUCUUACUGUUUAUUAACGUACCAUUCAGUAGAUUUUACUAUUUAUCUAUGUACCAUCCAGUAUAUCUUACUGUUUAUCUACAUAACAUCCAGUAGGUCUUACUGUUUAUCACUGUACCAUCCAGUAGAGUUUACUAUUUAUCUACAUACCAUCCAGUAGUAGAGUAAUCUGCUUCAGUUAAGUUGCAAUGAUUGAUCAGAGUCCCACUUCAGAAUGUUUGCUUUAAGGGUAGAACUGGAAAAAGGUGCGUAAAGUCAGAAAUGUAUGCCUUUGUUUUAAUCCAUUUAUGGGCCUUCAGUUUGUUCAGAAGUCUUUAGUCUGUGAUUUGAAUUUGAUAUUUUUAAACUCUGUUAUUCGUUUGAAGCACUUGUACAUGUAAGUUUGCUCCUCAGGCAGUAGAUGUUUGUUUAUGAGCACAUGUGUAGUGUGUAAUAAGUACAUCUGUGGUUAGCAGAUCAAAGAAAAGGCAUUCAUUUUGUCUGACUGCUCUGUGUUCCUCAGGUGCAUAGCACCGCUGUCUUCCUGAUAGUGCCGUAAGGAUAAUUCUGCCUCGCAAUAUUCAGAGAAGUUCAGACAUCACCUAUCUCGCUACCAGGAAAUUUAGCUAAAAUACACAAAGCCAAGAUGUCUCCUGAUGCUGUCAUGGCAGCAUGUUCUAAAAUUAAUAAAAAAGGAAGUAAACUGCCUUAAACACAAGCAGAGCCAGCUGCUUUUUUAUCUUAGUCAUACCCCUCUAUUCAAAUUGCAAGUGAGGUACUUUGGUUUCUGUUCCUACCACAGUACUGCAUCUUGUGGGGGUUCACUUAGCUGGGCCUUGCAUGCUAUUGGUGUUGCUGGGCUGCUGAACAAUCAGCUCUCUUAGUUUAUUUUCAUACAAAGCGGCCUUCGUGGCACUCAUUUAAGGGACCACUACAAAUGGUAAGUCUCAUUAUGUCGACACACAACCAUACUCAAACCCUGAAACUUGUAAAGGUUGUAAAUUUCGUUUGAAAAACGCUAAUUUUUUCUUACUCUUUGCAGGUCUGUGGUCCUCUACUGUUAACUGCUGCAAGCAUUCUGGAACUGUGUGUACAACUCUUUCGUUAAUGAGGGAGUUUUUGUAAACUAAAAUGUUUAUUAAUUGAUGUGCAUACCAAAUUCCAGAACUUACAUUAUCUUUUAAUACUGCUGAUUUAAUUCUCAGUAGAAAUUUGGAUUUGCUGAUCAAAUAAUGGUAGGCAUUUACAGCUGAAUAAAAUUUAAGUUGAAUAUUUUGAGUGAAAAAUGACCGUAAUGGGCACAUACUAGAAACUUGAAGGUAGCAGUCAUUAAAACAAUUUAAAAUUGGGACAGUGCUAAUUAGUGGAUAGGGAAAUGAACCACUUCUGGAAUACAUUUUUGACCUCCAGGGUUUUAAGCACACAUGAGAAUGAGAGACAGGUAAUGUUUUGAAGGGAUGGGUGGAGAGCUCAGAAGAAGGGAAUAGUGAAUACAUUUUCAUUAUGCUUAUUUAUAUUCAUAAUAUGAGCUAACCACUUAUUGUAACUUGUUUAAUCAAGAUGCAAAUAAUUUAAAGUAAAACCCCUAAAAUAAGAAGUUACUCUUCCAUUCCAGUGAUAAUAAGAUUACAAACCCCUUGACUCCUUUAUUAGGGGAUCUACGCCACAUGUGAUCUCUACAUAUACAUGUUCCACUCUUUGUGAAAAAAGGGAAAAGUAUCUUGACUAACUCCUGCAACCCAAACAUAAGCACAACAUCUGUGAAUAAGCACUAACAAACUGAAAUAUUGGCAGUAUAAAUUAUUCUUUUAUUAUAUUUUGUGGGAUGGUAAUAUGCCAUAUUAUAAACUGUAGUGUUCCCUCUCUGACUUUGCCAUUGGUAAGUUAAGAAAGUCAUAAAUAGUUUUAGUAUGGAAUAAGAAUGUGUACCAAAAUAAAGAAAGGUUACUGAGUGCGAAUGGCAAUUCAAACAGCUUGCGUCUGUGGAGAUGGUGAUAUUUAAACAGAAAGGAAGAGAUGCUGUAAAGUGCAUAUCCGGUUAAUAAAGUAAGUGGUUUGAUCUGUUUUUAAAGGCGAUCUGUUUCAAACUAAACUUAAAGGUAUAUUUGUAUGAUUUUGAAGAGAACAUUGUAUGAUUCCGAACAGAACAUAAUUUCAUAUGUGUUAUAUAGUCAUUGAUGAUAUGGGAGACUUUCUCAAGCUGUGCGAGGGGACCAAGAAAUGUAUACUGAUUGUGGAUACUCUUUUACAGACAAUAAACUCUUUGGUGACUGCAUAGAAAAAACUGAUUUUCAUGUGUACAGUAUGGGUCAGUAGGUCAUUGUAUGGUAGGUACCCAUUUAGCAUUAACAUGUGAUAUUCAAAACCCUGGAAUCACAGGAUUGUGUUGAGGCUACUUGUGAAUGUGAGUUGAACAUUUACAUAGUUGAGUGGGACCAGAAGACAGUCAUAGCACUUGGUGUUGUGUGUUUUUGUGAUUAGUGUACACCAGUAGCCACCAACACUGUUAGCAUUAGUAGUGACACUUGUGGUUCUGCUUAAUCCUGUUACGAUGAAUGUUAAGUAGAUAGUAUGGCAAUGGAUUCAUGAAAGCAGAUGGUACUAAUGGCAUGCAUAGUAACCAGCACUACAGUCUAGCUAUGUGAUAUCUGCUACUUUCAGCUGACAAUUUUGCAUCGGUGAUGGCAGAGAUGGACUGCUGUUUUCCUGUUCAGUUUUAAUAUGCUUCAUGUUCUCCAGGGCAGUAAGACUGCAUGAUUCCCAUGUCUUUCCUUCAUGUAAUCAUUUUCUAAAUAUUAUGUCACGUCAGUUAAGCCAUUGUACAGUACACCAGUGAAGUGCGGCUUUUUGUUUGAAAACUGGAUGCCGUAAAUUUGAUUAUAGUUACAAUUCUGUGUGCUGUACAGCUGUGGGCUGUUUUCUAUCUUUUAAAACUCCUAUUUUAAGCUGCAUCUCAGCGGAGCAGAUGAUUGAUGGACUUGGUCCCUAAGUAGUCUGUUCAGAGUUGGAAGGAGCGUCAGUUAGGUUACUCAGUAUCUUAGAGAUGGGUAGUUUUUAGCUAUGGCUACAGCUCACAGUAGAGACUUGUGGCUCCAGCCCUGACACAAGCAUGGGGGGACUUGCCCUUUCAGAUCAUGAUUUUCUUGCAUUGAAUUCACUGCAUUUGAGAUGUGGGAGUGUGAAGCGCCCAAGGAAUGAUGGCUUAACUUGGUCAGAAUCUUUUCCUGACCAGCAAUGUAGUUAGUGACAUCUUGUGCAGGACCAAAUAGGUCAGAAGAACAAGGUAGGGGCUUAAAGGCUUAAAGGUCUCUGGUGUGGAUGGACAAAAAAAAAUUAUCUUCUACUACUGCAAUGAAUUCAGUUAGGACUCCUCUUUCCUGAGCAAAAGGCACAGUAUGAACAAUUUCUGAUUCUUUGAAAUAAGAAGUAAACUUUAUUAGCUGCAGUUCGACUUUCUCUCAGCUUAAAUUGUUCUGUAGUAGUUAAUUUACUGUUUAUUCUUAAAAUGUUUGUACAAACAUUAGGUAAAAUUCAGCAGCAACACCCAGCACCUUCUGUGCAACAUGAUUUUAUUUUUUGAAUUGGAGGUUAAGUAUCUGGUAUACAGUUGUAGCUGCAGUCACUGUGACAUAACACUGCGUGUGAUAUUUAUUCACACAAUUAGGCACUGAGAUGGCCAUCACGACCUAUUAAUGCCUUGCUUCUCAGGGUCGUUGCUAGCUUGUCAUUCCUCUUACACUUGCAAAAUGUUGUAUGAGAGCCAGAAAAAGAAAAAAAUAAUGUGCCGGGGAGGACAAAUGCAAAGGGGAAAAAGUAUACAACAAUUAGAAAAAUAAUAGAAGCAGCUUGAGAAUUGUGUGCCUUGUUAUAAUUGCAUUAAAAUGAACUGCUAACUGGAUGGUUAGAAUGUGCCUGUUAAUUACCAGUGGUCCAGUUUAUAUGUGAUUAAUUUUUUAUUGUAAUUAUUUAUGCAAAGAACUUGCAGGAAAAAUCAUGGAAAUAGCCUGAAAAAUGUUAUAUUAUAGGGAAUAUGUGGUAUUUUGUUUGAAAUCUAAUUAUUUAUAGAUUGUAGAUGUGUACACUAUACUUAAAACAUUCCUUAUUGAAAUGGAAACACAUUUUGGACUUGCUGUUUAUUUUUUUUUUAUUUGGUUAGUCAGAUAUGGUAUUUGAACUGUGAUACGUACAUGGCUUUAUACUUGUAAGUAAAUCAAGAUUUGUGUAUCUGUGUGAAAAAUAUGAAUAUUUUAUAAUCAAGGGUAAACAUCAGAUGUGAGUUUCAGUGCAGUAAGAUAUGUAUAUAUGUUAUUGUUAACAGUUUGAUUCAAAAUCUAAAUGACUUUUGGUAGCCUUUUUGUAAUGAGUGACGUGAUGCCAUUUUACUCUGCUAAGUUAAGGAAGGUGCUUUGUAUUCAUAUUUUGUUUGUAUACUCUAACCUUUUGACAUGCACUACAAAUGUAAUAUUCUAAUUUAUGCACAUUUUGAAUGUACACUACUAAAACACAUUUCUUGUAUAAGAAGAAUGACAAACAGAAUAAUCUGAUCUUUUACAAACUGUGUUGAACACUUUCACAGUGCUGCUUCAUAAAAAAAUAGUCCUUGUGAUUGUCAUAGUAGCAAAAGUUUGGAUCUGUGUAUAGAUAAUUCUGUUGUGCCAGACCACACUCUACCCAGCAGCAGUUAAUCUGUAUUUUAUUUGUAUUUCUUUUCUCUUUUGUCCAGAUAGCUUUGCACUAAUAUUUCUCACAAAGAUCGGUAACGUCCUUGUCCACUGUUCUUUUUCCUGUCUUGGUGGAUAAAUGUAAUAAAUGACAAUUCAGUUUA